CGCACAGACUGACUGAAGCGCGUCUGCAGCUCUCCCAUCAGUAACGGGACUAGGCCGACAUGAACACGGAGGAGACCAACGUAGAGAUGAAGGAUGCUGAGCACAAGGACGAGGCGGGUCCCGCUCAGGUGGACGCUGAUGCCACGGAGGCCGAUGUGAGCGAGGCAGAUCUGGAGCAGGAGGAGCAGGAGAAGCAGCCGAUGACGGGAGGAGACCAGACCGCCGACACACCCUCUGCCAGCGGGCAGGAGGCACCGACGACGGCGGAGAAGAAUGGCUUGGUGAAGCUGAAGAUCCCCGACGAGGAGGAGGAGGUGAAAUUCACUGGGCUGAACAAGGAGGAGCUGAUGAGGGUGGCGGGCACCCCGGGCUGGGUGAGGACCCGCUGGGCGCUGCUGGUGGUGUUCUGGCUCGGCUGGUUGGGGAUGCUGGUGGGGGCCGUCCUCAUCAUCCUGCAGGCCCCUCGCUGCAAAGAUCUGCCCAACACCAACUGGUGGAAUGAUGGGCCUCUGUACCAGAUCGGAAACAUCCAGGCUUUCACCGACACCCACAACCUGAAAGGCCUGGAACAAAAGGUCAACAGUUUGGCUCAGCUGAAGGUCAAAGGGCUGGUGGUCGGGCCGAUCCACGUAGCGCCUCCGGAUGAAGCUGUGAACCUGAGCUUUGAGGAGAUUUCCCCCGAGGCUGGAAACCUGGACCAGUUUAAGGGUUUCAUCCAGGCUGCUCAUAAAAAGGGUGUUUUCGUGGUUCUGGAUUUGACUCCAAACUAUCUGGGCUCGUCCGGGCCCUGGUUCUCCAACAGCAGUGUGACGAUUGUAGCAGAGAGGCUGAAGUCUGCUCUGGUGUUCUGGCUGAACGAAGGCGUGGAUGGCAUCCAGCUGUCAGGGGCGGAGCGCGUGGCCACAGUGGUGCCGUCUCUCUGGAACGACAUCCGAGCCAUCGUGCAGAACAGGACGGACAAGCAUCCCAACAGCAGAGUCUUGAUUGGCGUCACAGACCGCUCCUCUGCUGAAGAUGUGUCUACCCUCCUCUCUUCCACGGGUGUUGACCUCCUGAUCUCCCGGGUCCUUCGUUCACAUGACACGGAUGUCACGGAGCUCGCUCGCUCCAUCCAGCACUUGUAUUCGUCCCAGAGUCAGAUGAAUCUCGCCUGGAAUCUGGGGGGGAGGCUCGAGGGUCACAUGGCUUCACUGGUGGGCCCAGCUCUAGUUAAACUGCAUCAGUUACUGCUGCUGACAUUGCCCGGGACGCCCAUCUUCAGCUACGGAGACGAGAUAGGUCUGAUGGACGAGGACACCAAGUUUCCCAAGAUGCUUUGGGACUCCAAUGAGGAGCUGAAUGGGACUCUGCAGGAGGAGCGGGCUGAGCGCCUGACCUGUCGCAGGUUUUUCAGCACUGUGAGUGAGCUGCGGGGUAAAGAGCGUUCCCUGCUGUUUGGAGACUUCAUCCUCCUUUUUAACUCCUCCUCCUCCCUGGCUUACCUGCGAACGUGGGAUCAGAACGAGCGUUACCUCGCCGCCUUCAACUGGGCUGCAGAGGAGUCAGCGGUGCUGCAGCUGAGCCACACAGUGCUGCCCCCCAAGGCUGUGGUUGUUCUCAGCACCAACAGCAGCACAAUGCCUGCCGACAGCAGCGUGGAUCUUACAAACCUGCGGCUUGGCCCCGGGGAAGCUGCGCUGCUCAAGUUUCCCUACACGGGAUAGAAAAGAUACUAGCAGAGAUUAGAUGUUGAUGAAAGUCAGAUUCAGAAAGAUCAUGGUGAGGUGAGGGGAAAUAUUGUCGUCUAAUUACAUACAACCCAUCAUUUCAGAUUCAGUGACUUAGUGAUAACGACUAAUGAUGUUAUUUCAUGUGAAAAUAAUAUAAAUGCUCUCAGAAGCUAAACAAAAAGGCUUUGUAAAAUGUCCUGGUAGUUGCCUGUUGUCUUGCUAACAAAUACGCUAAUAUUGAAGCAUGCUUAUAUAUUUGACACUUCCCAGAAUCUGAUGUCUUACAUUCAUCCAGAAUAAACAUGCAGAAAUAUCUGUGCUCAUCAUCUAUGAUACUGCAAACGGAUUCAGAACUGUGUUACGUAACCAGCAACAGUUAGAAUAAAUGUGGCCAAUCAUGGGCAAAGAUGUGGUAUUGUGUUCAGUUUAGUGACCUCCCUAAAGGUCAAGCUUACUGGUUAGUAGCAAAUGCUUCAGAGUGCUCUGAUGUAUGAUGUCAUUAUUUCUUCUUGGAUGUAUUGGUUAUGUCUUAUAUGACACGUCACUUUUCCUUUCUGUAUUGUGAAUUCUAGGAAAACAUGAAAAAUAAAAAUGAAA